CUUCAGUAUUUUGUGUUAACAUCAUUAUCGGUCCUGACCUGUGAACUCCCCGACUAUCCCCAAAAGCCAGUUGACCAAAUUUUGUGCUUUGGGAUUGAUCCUUUAAGAUAGAUCGCGCCACGAAUACUUACAGCCCUGGUUCACCAUCACCCACCGCGAGUCUUAGCAGAAGCUCCACCACUAUGCACAGCCCAUCACCCCAGCUUCUGCGCGCCUUGCGCACUUCUAUCUUCGCCGACCGCAGCGUCAAUUUCUGUGCCCAGCUCACAUCCCGCUCUCGCUCGCCUCUCUCUCGACUUGGCCUCUCGGUCCCAUCUCUGCGGUACAACAGCAGCAAUGCCCGCCCUACCCGCAUGAUUCCUCGCGCCCACAGCGCAAAGCCCUCGACUCACGACCGCGGCCCUCAGUCGACGGAAGACACGCAGACGGACUUCGCCGCCCUCAAUGUCCUCGGCAACAUCCCCGCGCCGACCACGGCUGUCGAUGCCACUCUGGACACCGGGUUCCACCUCAACAACGGGGUGAAGAUCACUGGUGGCGACGGCGUCAUGCUCGUGGGCGGAGAGGCGUUCCCGUGGCGUCCGUGGCAGGCAGCCCCCGGGGGUCACCGGGAUGGUAUGCUCAACAAGAAGAGUCAAUUCGAGCUCGACGAGCAGGUCUGGGGUGUAUUAGAUUUGGUGUGGCCUCGUCCUGACCUCCUCAUUCUUGGCAUGGGUGAAUAUGUUUUCCCUCUAUCGCCGGAGACGAAGAAAUAUCUCAAUUCCCUGGGCGUGCGGGUUGAAGUGGCCGACACUCGCAAUGCGGCGGCUCAGUUCAAUUUGCUUGCUACCGAGAGAGGCGUGUCGGAGAUCGCUGCGGCUAUGGUUCCGAUCGGAUGGAAGGGGAAUGUCAGAAGAUAGAUUACUGUGCACCGCAUAUCACCUUGUGGUGAGGUUUUCAUGGUGGAUGGUCGGGUACAUGGAGGUUGAUAGCUGUAAAUUACCAGGUUGGGAAAACAGUACCCUGUGCGACCCUGUGUGAGAGGGUACUAGCACGCGAUGGGUAGAACAUCUACUAGAGGCUUGUAUUCUUUCUCUACUCUUUAUCUUCUUCUUAUUCUUCUGUGGUAAUGUAUGUAUAUUAUGGAUAAAGAGC